AUGGCAGUCUUUUCGAAACCUUCUACAGAUAUUCCUGCCGCCAUUCAGGCUGUUAUUGAACCGGUCACUCGAUCCUCCCAUGCAAGCAACAAAAAGAGGAUAUUUGCUACAACAGCAAUUAUUUUUUUAGCAUAUAUAACAAAUCAUCUUUAUCGAAAGCAGCUGGAAGCACAAAGAAACCUUUCUUCACAUUCUCCUAACAGAAAUCAAACCAUUCCUGAUGGACCUGUGUCAGGGAACAGUAAAUACACAAUAACCAUUCCAUACAGGAAUCGUACCACUAAUGUCACAAUUUUUCCAACGAAACCUGAGACUUUUGUUAAACAUAAACAUGCGUUCACUGCCUUAGAUGUCAACAUUCAGCGUGUUGGAGUGAACAAAACAUUCUUUAGACAAUUAUUGGCCCUUUUGAAGAUUAUCAUUCCAAAGUUUCGAUCAAAAGAAAUAUUCAUUUUAUUGUUACACUCGUCUUUUCUUGUUCUACGGACAUAUUUAAGUGUUGUGGUGGCCAGAUUGGAUGGACGAAUUGUCAGGGAUUUGGUGGCGGCUAAUGGCCAAGAGUUCGUAAAGGGGUUAGGUUAUUGGUUUGCUAUCGCUAUUCCAGCAGUAUAUACCAACAGUAUGAUUCGUUUUCUUCAAUCCAAAUUAUCCAUUGCGUUUAGAACGCGUCUUACAAGAUACGUCCACGAUCUCUACUUGGACGAUAAGAACGCAUAUUACAAAAUAAUUAAUCUCGACGGAAGAAUCGACGGUGCCGACCAGUUUAUUACAACAGAUAUAUCUCGGUUUUGUGAUGGUCUCGCCUCCAUCUACUCAAAUCUGGGCAAACCCAUAUUGGACACAAUAAUAUUCAACUACGCGCUGACCAAGAGUAUAGGACUUGCCGGAAUGUUAGGUAUUUUUUCGAACUACAUGAUCACCGCAAGAUUACUACGCGCGGUCACGCCAGCAUUCGGGAAAUUAGCCGCAAUAGAGGCAAAGUUGGAAGGUGAUUUUCGUUCGGUCCACACGCGUCUUAUUACCAACGCUGAGGAAAUCGCGUUUUAUAACGGUGCUGAUUUGGAACACUCCAUUCUUGAUCGCACUUAUAUGCGUCUUAUCAAACAUAUUAAUUCCGUACUAAAGAUUCGAAUAGCGUAUAAUAUGUUUGAAGACUUUAUUGUAAAGUAUUUCUGGAGUACUGUUGGACUUUUGAUGUGUGCUUUGCCAGUGUUUUAUCCGGAAUGGGGUGGUCGUGGUGGGAGAUCAGAAUUGGAAGGUGGUAGUGCUAGUGAUGGAAAAGAAAGAGAUCGAACCAAGGCCUUCAUUACCAAUAAAAGGAUUAUGAUAACCCUAGCAGAUGCUGGUGGAAGAAUGAUGUAUUCAUACAAAGAACUUGCCGAACUAGCUGGUCAUACCUCGCGAGUCUAUAGUCUGCUUUCGGUUUUGCAUUCUCUUCAUGCUAACCAAUACACCUCGGUACCUCGUCCUGAUUCUCUUGGUCCCGAAGAAACAUUUUAUUCUUUGGAUGAUGUCCGUGGCAUAAUAGAUUAUGGAUUCAACGGGAUUAAGUUCGAAAAUGUUCCUAUUGUAGCUCCUAAUCCUGGAAAUGAUCGUGGGGGAGAGGAAUUUAUUAAAGGAUUAAAUGUCACAGUAAAUCCGGGAGAGCAUUUACUCAUAACUGGUCCAAAUGGUGUAGGCAAAACGAGCAUUGCUCGUGUUAUUAGUACUCUAUGGCCUGUAUUCCGCGGAAGACUUGCUCGGCCAAAUGUUGGAGAUAUUUUCUACAUUCCUCAACGUCCGUAUCUCAGUAUAGGAACACUUCGAGAUCAACUCAUUUAUCCUCAUUCGCAUGCAGAUAUGAUCCGUGCUGGUCGUACCGAUAAUGAAUUGAUAGAGAUUCUGGAUCACGUACAUCUAGGAUAUAUUUUAAAUCGUGAGGGAGGAUGGGAUACCAAAAAAGAAUGGAAAGACGUGUUUUCUGGUGGUGAAAAACAAAGAAUUGGCGUUUGUCGACUAUUUUAUCAUCAUCCGAAAUUUGCUAUUCUCGAUGAAUGCACAAGUGCAGUUAGCAGUGACGUCGAGGGACUAAUGUAUCAGCAUGCCAAGGACGUUGGCAUUACUCUCAUUACAAUUUCUCAUCGUCCCGCACUGACAAAAUACCAUACCCACCUACUACGAGUGACCGGCGAACAUGGCACCUGGGAAUUCUCAACCAUCGGAACUCCCGAGGAACGCAUGUCUCUCGAAAAAGAGUUAUCCGCGUUAGAAGAAAAAAUAAAAGAUGUCGAACAGAUGCGAGAGCGAUUGGCCGAUAUUAGUCGAGAAUUGCAGCUAGGCAUCGCGAAUAACGAUAAUAAAGCUAAAAUACAGAAACGUGGGUUAGAGGUUUGA